UCUUCUCUUUGAUCAUUAUUUCUCCUCGCACAAGUUUUUGUUCAAGCUCAAAUUUUUCAUGCACAUGGAUGAUUGUAUCCUGUUCCCAUCUAUUUGUUUGUUGUUACAACACCUAACCCACUUGUAACACCAGAUAUGUACCCGCUGCUGCUACAGUGCUGCUACAUCAUUUAUAUUGGCUAUAUGGAUCCAGCAAGAUAGAAGGUAUGGCAUUUUUGUUCACCACCAUGGGAAAAUCAUCCCAUCAUAUUUACAAGUAAUGGCAUACUUUAUUUGGAUUAUGUCCUGUUUGUAAAAAUAUUAGGAAUCCUACACCCUGUCCGAACACAUCCAAGAAAUUGUACUGCCAAAUAACAAAAGGUGUAUGAAUCUUUUCUAUGUAUAUUUUGGCAACACGAUUGUCUUUUCAGCGGCUUUUAGUUAUUGAAUUUUCAUUGUAUGAUUUCCAUUAGUAUGCACAUAAGAUAAAUCUUUUGUUUUUUUCAUGUCCAUAGGGGUUAUUCUCAUCUCUUUAUGUUUUAUAUAUCAACGCAGGAGUAAUACAAAGUGGCAUUACCUUUGAGUGGCUUACGUACUUGAGGCAGGAAAUGUCUUCAGAAAAGCCUACUCAAUGCUCCAAUUCACCCAACAGAACCGGACAGAAUUCCACCGCAUGGAUAUUACCACAAACAACCCUUGAUGGUCUACUAGAUCAGAACUAUGAAGAAUCUGGUCAUUCAUUUGACCACUCCAAAUUGCAGCGGAUCGCUUCAAAUCAGCAGCAUGGGCACUCGGAGAAUAGCAUAGGCUACUUGCAGCACCUUCAGAGCACAAACCUGAUCCAGCCAUUUGGUUGCUUGUUGGCCAUUGAUGCAAAGAGUCUCAAAGUCAUAGCAUUCAGUGAGAAUGCACCGGAAAUGUUAACAGCAGUCGGCCAUGCAGCGUCAGGUGUUGAUGAUUCCCCAAACUUGUGCAUUGGCAUCAAUGUAGUAUCUCUUUUUGCUGAACCUGGUGCCACAACAAUGGAUAAGGUACUAGGAUUUCCUGAUGUUUCUUCCCUGAAUCCUAUCAUAGUCCAAUGCAAAACAUCAGGCAAGCCGUUCUACACCAUUGUCCAUCACGUGGCUGCAGGCUGUCUAGUGCUGGAUUUUGAGCCAGUGAACCCUUCUGAAUUUCCUACUGCUGUUGUAUGGGCUUCGCAGCCUUACAAGCUGGCUGCCAUGGCAAUAUCCAAAAUCCAGUCACUACCCGGUGGAAGCAUGGAUGUCCUGUGCAAUACUUUGGUAGAAGAAGUCUUUGACUUGAUGAGAUAUGAUAGGGUCAUGGCUUACAAGUUCCAUGAAGAUUAUCAUGGUGAGGUCAUUGCUGAGAUAACAAAACCCGGUCUUGAGCCCUAUAUUGGCCUACAUUAUCCAGCCACUGAUAUCCCACAAGCUGCCAGGUUUCUUUUCAUGAAGAACAAAGUCCGCAUCAUUAGUGACUGCCAUGCGAGGCCGGUAAAGAUUGUUGAAGAUGUGGAACUCCCCCUUCAUGUUAGCUUGUGUGGAUCAACUCUUAGGGCACCACACAGCUGCCACCUUCAGUAUAUGAAGAACAUGAAGUCGGUUGCAUCCCUAGUAAUUGCUGUUGUGGUAAACGAAGAUGCAGAAGAUGUUGAAGUCGUUAUUAAACAACAAACACAACAGAACCAGAAGAAGAAGCUAUGGGGCCUCAUUAUUUGCCACCAUGGGAGUCCUAGAUAUGUCCCUUUUCCACUAAGGCAUGCCUGUGAAUUCAUAGGGCAAGUGUUUUCCGUCCACAUAAGUAAAGAGCUUGAAUUGGAGAAGCAGAUGCAAGAGAAAAGUAUAAUACAUAUGCAGGCAAGGCUCUCCAACAUGCUGUUCAGGGAAGCAUGUCCCUUGAGCAUCAUAUCUGGGAGUCCAAAUAUCACAGACCUUGUUAAAUGUGAUGGUGCUGCUCUUCUGUAUGGUGACAAGGUAUGGCAGCUACAUACAACUCCAACUGUGUCUCAGAUAAGAGAUAUUGCCAUAUGGCUGUCAGAUGUUCAUAGGGAUUCUACUAGCUUGAGUUUUGAUAACCUCCAGGAUGCUGCAUAUCCAGGUCUUGCUUCCCUAGGUGACAUGAUUUGUGGAAUGGCAAUGGCUAAAGUCACUUCCAGCAUCAUUCUUUUCUGGUUCAGGUCACAUACAACUUCUGAAAUUAAAUGGGGAGGUGCAAAGGACAAUCCAUCUGACAGGGAUGACUGUAGACUGGUGCACCCUAGGCUGUCCUUUAAGUCAUUUCUUGAUGUUGUCCGGAUGAAGAGCUUGCCCUGGAAUGACUAUGAGAUGGAUGCUAUUGACUCACUACAACUUAUGGUUAGCGGAUCGCUGAAUGAUGCAAACGAGUUAGCAAGAGUGCCUAUUUUAAAUAACUGUAUUGAUCAUCUCAUGUCUAAUGUCGUGUUGCCUGAGGUUCAGGCAGCAACAAGGGAAAUGUUUCGACUGAUGGAAACAGCAACAGUUCCGAUCAUGGCCGUAGAUGGAAAUGGAUUGGUUAGUGGAUGGAAUCUGAAAGUGGCCCAAUUGACAGGUUUGAGAGCUGAUGAGGUUCUAGGAAGACACUUGCUUACCCUAGUGGAGGAGUCUUCUUUACCAAAUGUCCAGAGGGUGCUAUCUUUAGCUUUACGCGGCAUCGAAGAAAAGGAAGUUAUACUCGAGGUGAAAACUCAUGGCUCAAAGAAGGGUGAUGGUCCUGUUACCAUGGUAGUAAAUGCUUGUAUAAAUCGAGAUCUUCAUGAAGAGGUUGUUGAGGUGUGCUUUGUAGCUCAAGAUAUGGAUUCUUUCAAAAUGUUUUCUGAAGAAAAUAUCCGAAAUGAGGGAGAGGUAUUCAUUAAUAAUCUGAACCUAUUGACUCCUAUGUUUGGUGCUGACAAAUAUGGGAGGUGCAAUGAAUGGAAUGCAGCAAUGGCAAAGCUUACUGGGUGGCCCAGAGAAGAGGUUCUCCAUAAGAUGCUGCUUGGAGAGGUUUUUGAUAGUAGCAAUGCAUCCUGCCUGUUGAAGGAUAAAGACAAAUUUUUAAGCAUUAGCAUUCUAAUAAACAAUACUUUAGCCGGUGACAAAAUAGAAAAUCAGGCUCCAUUUGGCUUCUUUGAACGAAAUGGGUGGUACAUUGAGUGCUUGCUAUCAACGAAGAGAAAAGAAAAUGCAGACGGUGUUCUCACUGGAGUGUCCUGCAUUAUAUUUUUUCCUUGCCUUGAGCCACAACAAGCAGUACAUGUGCAGCAAGGCUCUGAGGAAACAACACUACAAAGGUCACGAUAUUUGGACUCAGGGAUGGGUGAGUUUGUGUUGCAAGACAUGGUAUUGGCCGCUGUAACUAAAGUACAGACAGCUUGCCAAGGGAAAGGGAUCAUUGUCUCUUGCGACAACCUUGCAGAGAAAUUUCUGAAGCAAAGGCUUUUCGGGGACUGUAUUCGACUGCAGAAAAUCCUGUCUGAUUUCCUAGUCGCGUCAGUGAAGUUCUGUCCUGUCGGAGGUUCUGUUGCAAUAUCUUCCAACCAGACUAAGAAUAGCAUUGGGGGGAACAUUAAUCUUAUAGAUCUAGAACUUAGGAUCAAGGAGCAGGUGAUUGCAGUACCCGAGGAAGUAUUGGCACAAAUGUUCCAAGUGGACAAUGAAGAUCAACCAGAGGACGGCUUGACCCUUGUAGCAUGUAGAAACCUUUUGAGUUUGAUGAUGAACUAAGGGAAGAAGGGGACUGGAACGCUGACUUCCAUAGUAAGCACUGAACUUACUCUUCUCCGGCACCACAAGCCAGUGGAGCUAGAAGUUAGUGAAGCAUAUAUAGCACACUAUAGAAAAAGGUUUAUUGAUCGGAUUUCUUGAACUCUAGUCAGAAAUGGUGGCUAUAUAUGAAAUGGAAAAUUCAUGA